AUGUUCAGACGGUUCUAUGCCAAUACACGGCCAAUUCCUAGGCAGACAUGGAAACUCGUCUCGAAUGAAUUCUAUCCUCCAAAGACUUCACCAUUGUCGACCUCCAGCACAAGACCUAGCAGGUCCCAAUAUUUGUUCAUUGCGGAUGUCGAAGACCUAGACGGGUAUAACCCUGGAGGAUACCAUCCUCUGCAAAUCUAUGACACUUUGGAUAAUGGUCGUUACCGACUAGUUCACAAACUGGGGUAUGGAGCGUACUCAACCGUCUGGCUAGCUCGUGAUCUACAAAACGCCAGAUAUGUGGCCGUGAAGGUCAAUAUUGCUGAUACUAGUGACACUACGCAUGAGUCCAGCCUCAUACACAAGCUUCGAAGCUCGCGUAAGCCUGGAAAAGAAAUCAUUCGUUCCAUCCUUGGUGAGUUCUGGGCAAUCGGCCCUAAUGGAAGGCAUAAAUGUAUCGUUACUCCACCCGCCCAGAUGAGUCUACCCGAUUCCAAGGACGCCUCGGCGUUUGGGCUCUUUGAGCCUAAAGUCGCGCAAUCGAUGAUCGCUCAGCUCAUCCGCGGGGUCGCAUUCCUUCACGAUGAGAAUAUCGUACACGGUGACCUUCACCUCGGCAACAUCCUCGUCCAAUUCCCCGAAGCGAUAGAUCAUCUCUCUACGUCCGAACUACACGGGAGAUUUGGACGACCAGAGCCAGAUGACGUUGUUCGUGUCGAUGGAAAGCAGUUAUCAGAUAGCAUACCCCCUUACGUUUUUCUUCGCGGUUGGUUUGGAGUUGCCAGUAAUGAUCUAGCUCUCGGCCAAGAAAAUAUUAUUCUCAACGACUUCGGGGCAUCUUUCAACCCCCACGAAACGCGCAUGUUUGAAUCAAAGACUGUUCCUACUCUCCAACCACCAGAAGCCAGAUUCUCGAACGAGCCGCUCUCCUUUGCCUCAGAUAUCUGGACGCUUGCCUGCACUAUCUGGGAGAUUCUCGGCCGGUACCCAUUAUUUGAGGUAGUCUUCCCAACUCCGGACCGCGUUACCGCGGAGCAAGUCGAGGCUUUGGGGAUCCUACCUCCUGAGUGGUGGGAUAAGUGGGAAAGAAGAUCGGAAUGGUUCAAUGAGGAAGGUGACAUGAUUUUGAAGCGGGUGGGCGGGCGCAUGGCGUGGGACCAGCGAUUUGAACACGAUAUACAGAAGCCACGGGCCCAGGCGGGCCUGGAAAUCGUGACGAAGGAAGAAAGGAGAGCGCUUGAGACAAUGCUUCGAUCGAUGCUGGCUUUCCGGCCGAGAGAAAGAGCGACAGCACAACAGGCAUUACAUUCAGAAUGGAUGAAACAUUGGGGACGGCCGGCUCUAGAACAGAGCGGGAAGACAUUUAAACCCGAAGAUAAAUAUCCGGGGAUUCAAAUUUAG